AUGCUUCAUUACAGACCCACCUCUGAGGUGUUGGUGGUGACGGAUUGGAGUCGUCGAGUAGGUUUCUACGAUCUGGAUGGCAAUUCGGUCAAACGAGAAGAUAUGGUGCUAAACUACGAUCCAACCUGCGUCGAAUUCAUUCCCAGUGGACAAUUUUUACUGAUCGGUGGCUCCGGACGCCAGGUCACAUUACAUACAAGGCUCGGCACAGAAAUCGGUACGGUAGCCCAAAUGGACACCUGGGUGUGGUGUGUGCGAGUGAGACCGAUCUCGAAUCCAAGUACGGUAGUGGUCGGCUGUGUUGAUGGAACAAUCGCGUGCUACAAUCUCAUGUUCAGCACUAUACAUGGCUUACACAAGGAGCGAUAUGCGUUCAGGGACAAUAUGACCGACGUCGUUGUGCAGCACCUGAUUCAUCAUACGAUGACACGAAUUCGAUGUCAUGACCUUGUCAAGAAGGUGGCCAUCUACGGCCAUAAAUUGGCGGUUCAACUCUCCGAUCGCCUUCACAUCUACCGGCAAAUAAAGGGUGAUGGUGGUCUGCUCAAAUCAUUUGAUCCUCUGCGACGAGCGACGUCUGCAGUGCUACGAUCACAAGGGCCUAAAACAAAGGGAGUGGUCGCUGGAGUCUGCUAUACGAUACAUAAAGUGAUAGGUGGCCCUCCUGGACGAGAGACUAUUCUCAUUGGUUUGAGGGAAGGGCAGGUCUGCAAGUUGUUCGUUGACAACCCGUUCCCAGUACAAGUGCUGAAAUUAAAUGGUCCGAUCAAAUGUAUAGACAUAAGUGCAACAAGGCGACAUAUAGCCGUUGUGGACGACAGUGGUCUUUGCGUGGUUUUCGAUGCCAAAACGAAAGAAGUCUUGUUCGAGGAGCCGAACUGCAACAGUGUGGCAUUCAAUAGCGAUAAUGAGGAGAUUAUCUGUUAUUCGGGUAGUUCCAAGCUAACCGUUCGAGCCAGAGGAUAUCCGGGACAUCAGCAGAGAAUGUUUGGGUUUGUCGUUGGAUUCUCUGGAAACAAGGUUUACUGCCUGCAUAUCUAUGCUAUGC